CAAAUCAACAUCAGAAUACAUUUUGUUCCUCCCCUUCUUGAGGAAACACAUGCUGACUUGUUUUCGAACAUGACCAUGGUAUCCACAUUACCGACCAGGGAAAUUGUUUCAGUUGAAGUAUCAAAAGGUUAUCAACUUCCCAAUGACUUGUUUUACAAGGUUUCCUUGGAAAAUAUCAAAAACUCUUCUGAUGGUCAUGGGAUACCAAGUUAUAAUGAACCUCAGGUUGGAGAUUUAAUUGCAUUUACAGAUGUAAUCAGACCAAAAUGCAUUUCUGAUCUUAACAGGCCUAGAAGACCUUUUCUUCUUGCUUAUGUUCAUGAGAUUGCUGAUGAAAAUUCUGACAUACUGUCAAUAAUUGCUUCCAAGCCCUUUAAUUUAGAAGAAAAUAAGAUCAUAUUUGGCGGAAAUGGCCGUCAGAAAGAUCGUCUCUUUGUUGUUUAUAUAACCAACCUGACAACAAAUAUUCGGAUAUGGAAAGCACUGAACUCAGAACUAGAAAACCCUAAUACCAACAUCAUCAAGAGAGUACUUGAAGCUAAUUCAGCUGAGGAAGAAGAUUGUUCUGAUUGCUUAUUAGAAGGAAAAAUUAGGGAUGAAAUUGAAAAUGUGAGGACUUUAAUCGGGUCAAACAAAAUGAAUUAUUCCCAGGGAGAGGCAAUUGUUAGCUGUCUGUCAAUGAGUCAAUGUCAUCAUCAGAAUAGUGUUAAGCUGAUUUGGGGUCCUCCUGGAACAGGAAAAACAAGAACUGUUGGUUUCUUGUUGCAAUUCUUGUUUCAUAUGAAAUGCAGGACACUUACUUGUGCCCCAACCAAUAUUGCAGUAUUGAAAGUGACUGAAGGACUGAUGGGAUUAGUUAAAAAGGAGCUUAAGUUUGAUACUUAUGGACUGGGAGAUAUAGUUUUAAUUGGGAACGAGGUGCGAAUGAAGAUUUCUGAUAACGACGAUUUUCGUGAUAUAUUUCUUGAGCAUCGAGCUCGAGUACUUUGUCGCUGCUUUAACCCAUUGUAUGGAUGGAAGCCCAGUUUAGAAUCAAUGAUCAACUUACUUGAAGAUCCUGAACAACUCUAUGGUCGGUAUGUCCAGAGUUCAAAAGAGUUCACCGAUGGGGACGAGGAAGAUGAGGAUGAGGAUGAGGAUGAGUUCGUAAAGAAAUUAACAUUCGGAGAGUUCGUAAAGAAACAAUUCAAAAUCUUUAAUGACAGGCUCCAAUUUUGCAUUGAAAAUAUGUGCACACAUCUUGCAACAUGUAUACUCUCAUUUCAAGUGGCGAAGAACAUGAUCACCUCUAUGAUUUUGCUCAAAUCUCUAGAAACCUAUUUGCAGAAAAUUCGAGUUGCUGAUUUUGGUUUUAGAGAUGCUAUCUUUGAUUUAGAAAAUGAAGGAGACGGAGUUGUUCAUUCUUCAAAUUUAUUUACCAAGAGAAGGGAAUGCCUUGUCAUCCUCAAAAAACUGCCUUCGUUGUUUGCAGUUCCAACGACUAUUGAUGAUUAUUCGAUCAAACAGUUUUGCUUGGCAAAUGCUUGCCUACUUUUCUGUACUGUUUCUAGCUCUGCCAAGUUGCAUACAAAUGGAAUGAUGCCACUAGAAUUAUUGAUUAUAGAUGAGGCCGCACAGCUUAAAGAAUGUGAAUCAGCAAUUCCUUUGCAGCUUCCUGGUCUUUGCCACGCUGUUCUUAUCGGGGAUGAGCGCCAACUUCCUGCCAUGGUUCAAAGCAAGAUUUCGGAAAAGGCUGAAUUCGGAAGAAGUUUGUUUGAGAGACUAGUCUUACUUGGACACAAGAAACAUCUACUGAAUACACAGUACAGGAUGCAUCCAUCGAUUAGUUCAUUUCCGAAUCAUGAGUUCUAUGGUGGGAAAAUUCAUGAUGCUCCAACAGUUAAAGAAAAAAACUAUCAGAAACAGUUUCUUCCUGGAGCCAUGUAUGGAACAUAUUCAUUUAUCAAUAUAGCCCAAGGAUUAGAGCAAUCUAAUGAUGGGCGCAGCCAGAAAAAUAUGGUUGAGGUUGCUGUGAUUUCCGAGCUGGUUGCAAACCUUUUCAAAGAAUUCACUAACACUAAAAAAAGGAUGAGCAUAGGAGUCAUAUCACCUUACAAGGCUCAAGUUAAAGCCAUUCAAGGGAGAAUUGGAAAGACUUGCAACGAAAAUGGCGACUUUUCUGUAAGCAUACGUUCUGUUGAUGGGUUUCAAGGUGGCGAGGAGGAUGUGAUAAUCAUCUCUACUGUCAGAUGUAAUGAAAAUGGAUCAAUUGGUUUUCUGUCAAAUCGUCAAAGAGCGAAUGUAGCAUUGACUCGUGCAAAGUACUGUCUUUGGAUACUUGGAAAUGCUUCUACUCUUAUCAAUAGCAACACGAUUUGGAAGAAAUUAGUCAUGGAAGCCAAGAUACGAGGGUGUUUCCAUCAAGCAGAUCAAGACAAGAACUUGUCAAAGGCUAUUAUGGAUAUCUUGAUUGAGCUUGACCGAAUUGAUGUUUUACUGGACAUUGAUUCUCUCCAAUUCAAAAAUUCAAAAUGGAAAGUCUGCUUAAGUGAUGAUUUUCGAAAUUCUGCUGCCAAAUUAAAUUCUGAGAAUUGUCGAGAAGUAAUAGCUUUGUUGGGAAAGCUUUCAAGUGGUCUGCAUCAACCUGAUGACCAAAGACAGACCAAUUUCCAGGAGGGAAAUUCCUCUGAGAUCCUGAAGAAGUACAAUGUCAAUGACAAUCUCAAUCUGAUGUGGACAGUUGAUGUUACCAAGGAAAAUUCAAACUUGAUUCAGGUUCUCAAGAUUUGGGAUAUCUUACCAUUAUCGGCUAUACCGGACCUGGAAAAGCGCCUGGAUUCCAUUUUCGGGAAUUAUACAGUAGAUAAAAUGAAACGGUGCAAACACAAAUGUGUAGAAGGGAAUUUGGUUGUACCUAUGAAAUGGGCGAUGGAGUCAUCUGAACAGAAUCCUGAGGGACUUUUGACAAGACCAUUUGCUUCACUAAGUCUCAGAGAUAGAUCAGAAUCAACAACUGAUAACAGAUUUAAGACUCAUGGUCGAGAAAAUUCAAGAGUUCUUCUGAUGUCAGAAAUCUCAAAUUUUUCUUCUAUGAUCGAAAUCUCUUAA